AAUCUAACAGCGCUUUCGAACGGUACACUAGACUUCUCCAAUAACUAAAUAAAAAAAUAAAUAGAAUUAAAUUUAUAAUAAAUUCAAAAUUAAACGAAUUCAGUAAAAGAAUAAUCUAAACGCUUCGCUCUGUUUAAAAAGUAAAUAAAUAAAAUAUUUUGAGAAUAAAAUAAUAAUUAUGAAAAAAUAUGUUUAAUUUCUAAAUAAAAUUUAACAUUUAAUUCUAAAUAAAAAAAUAUUUAAAACGAAAUAAUUCCAAUAAAAAAAGUGAAGUGCACAACGACUAAUUUUUUAUAUUUUAUAAUAAUAAUAAUUUAACGAACUCAUUUUUUGUACGACAUUUAACAUUUUUUUCUUUUUUUAUUAAAACAUUAAAAAAAGAAAAGUAACAUACAGUUAUAAAAAAAAUAAAUUAUUUUAAAUUUUGUGACAAAUUUAAAUUUGAAAAUUAAAUUCACGUGUUCAUUAAAAUAAAUCCUUUGUGUCUGUGACAAAGGACUAACAAGGACUGUGAAUAAAAAAUUAUAAAAGAGAGUGAGAGAGAAAGACUAAACGAGAAAUAAGGUGUCUAAUAAAAUUACUGAAAAGACAAAUUCGUGUAAACUGAGUUUGAAAUAAUAAAACAAAAAGUUUUCCACGUUAAAAAUAAAAACUUUUUUAAUAACAUUUUUUGUUUAUUAACAAAAACAACUCAAGGAUUUCUGUUAAUUUGUCUCUAAAGUAUAUUUUGUCUAAACACCCCUUCUCCUUUGCAAAUACUCUAAAAACGCAAAAAUUGUUAAAGAUUCACAAAUAUGGUGGCCGGUUUCGAGCAACGUCCUUGGACACCAACUGUUAGACGUGGACAAAUAGCUGCUGAAACAUCCACCCCUGGACCAGCAGCAGUAACACUACCCAGUUUAAUAGGCAACAAAGUAACAGAUUCACGAAAAAAUGCAGCUCCUUCCUUUACCUUUGGACAAAAACAUCGACAAACUGUACAAUCCCUAGGAGAGGGACCUGCAAAAUACAAUGUCACUGGCCUGGGCAAUAAAGGCAAAGACACACCACCAGCCGCUACGUUACAAAGUCGUCACAAAGAAAUGUCUAAAUUCUCGACACCAGCACCCGGUGAAUAUGACAUACAAAAAGCGGUAAAGGCCAUAAAUCAAUCGACACCCAAAUAUACAUUUGGACAGAAAUUGGCGACAGAAAAGUUUAAUACAACACCAGGUCCAAAUCAUUAUCGAGUUGUUCCGCUCGAUAUAAUAAAACCUCGUGCCCCUCAGUAUACGUUUCGUAUUAAACUUAAAGUUUUUCUAAUUAAUACACCAGCGCCAAAUAGCUAUCGUCCCGAGAGGGUUUCGCUAUCGAAAAAGAAUUCACCGCGUUACUCAUUUGGUAGACGUACAAAAAUAAACUUCGAUAAGGGAACACCAGCACCUGGAUCAUAUAGUCCGGAAAAAGCUAAAUUACACUCAACACCAGCUUUUACCAUGUCGGGCAAAAACUCGCAUGAUGUAGUGGAUUGUACACCUGCUCCAGGUGCAUAUGAACCGGAAAAAUGCCACUUAGACAAGACUAUAGCCUACACCAUAUCAGGUCGCCAUACAAUACACAAAACCAGUGAUACACCCGCUCCGGGAGCAUAUGCCCCCGAAAAAUGUCGCUUAGAUCAUGCACCGGCUUUUAGCAUUAAGGGUAAAUAUAAUGUACAAAAAGUCGAUGAAACACCAGCUCCCGGAGCUUAUGCUCCCGAAAAAGCUAAGCUAGAUCAUACACCGGCAUUUACCAUGAGCGGACGCCAUGAGGUGCACAAAGCUAGUGAAACACCAGCACCUGGUGCUUAUUGCCCAGAAAAAGUAAGACUAGAUCAUACACCCGCCUAUACGAUGGCUGGUAAGCAUCAGAGUAAAGUUAAAAAUGAGACACCAGCACCUGGCGCCUAUGCUCCAGAAAAAUGUAGAUUAGAUCAUACACCUGCUUAUUCCAUGACAAGCCGUCAUGAUGUGCAAAAGCCUAGUGAAACACCAGCACCCGGUGCCUAUAGUCCGGAAAAGGUAAGACUCGAUCAUACGGUUGCCUAUACAAUGGCUGGCAAACAUGAGCAAAAAAUUACCAGUGAUACACCAGCUCCUGGAGCUUAUGCCCCGGAAAAAUGUAAAUUAGAUAACACACCUGCUUAUUCUUUUGCUGGCCGCCAUGAUCUUCAAAAGCCAAGUGAAACACCAGCUCCCGGUGCCUAUUGCCCGGAAAAGGUACGUUUAGAUCAUACUCCGGCCUAUAGUAUGGCCGGUAAACAUGAUGCCAAAAUUACAAAUGAUACACCAGCACCAGGUGCUUAUGCCCCGGAAAAGUGUAAGUUAAAUGGUACACCUGCCUAUUCAAUGGGUGGUCGCCAUGAUUUACAGAAACCUAGUGAAACGCCAGCUCCCGGUGCCUACUGCCCGGAAAAGGUACGUUUAGAUCAUACCCCAGCCUAUAGCAUGGGAGGCAGACAUGAUCCUAAGUAUAAUAAUGAAACACCAGCUCCUGGAGAUUACGCCCCCGAAAAGUGUAGACUAGAUGGUACGCCUGCCUACUCAAUGGGCGGCCGUCAUAAUUUACAAAAACCUAGUGAUACUCCGGCACCAGGUGCCUAUGCUCCUGAGAAGUGCAAAUUGGAUGGUACACCUGCUUAUACAAUGGCAGGCAAACAUGAUCCCAAGAUCAAUAAUGAAACCCCAGCUCCAGGAGCUUAUGCUCCUGAAAAAUGCAGAUUAGAUGGCACUCCUGCUUACUCAAUGGCUGGUCGCCACAAUUUACAGAAACCCAGUGAUACUCCAGCCCCUGGUGCCUAUGCUCCUGAGAAAUGCAGAUUGGAUGGCACCCCCGCUUAUACAAUGGGAGGCAAACAUGAUCCUAAGAUCUCAAAUGACACACCAGCUCCUGGCGCCUAUGCUCCCGAAAAGUGUAGAUUAGACGGCACUCCUGCUUACUCUCUAGCUGGUCGCCAUAACCAGCAAAAACCCAGUGAUACUCCAGCUCCCGGUGCCUAUGCUCCUGAAAAGUGCAGAUUGGAUGGCACUCCUGCUUAUACUAUGGCUGGUAAACAUGAUGUCAAAAAUAAAAAUGAUACUCCCGCUCCUGGAGCUUAUGCCCCCGAAAAGUGUAGACUGGAUAAUACUCCCGCCUAUACAAUGGCUGGCAAGCAUGAUCCUAAAAUACAAAACAAUACUCCUGCUCCGGGUGAUUACGCUCCCGAAAAGUGCAGACUAGAUAACACUCCUGCUUUUAGCAUUAAAGGGCGCCAUAAUUUGGAAAAACCCAGUGAUACUCCCGCCCCAGGAGCUUAUGCUCCGGAAAAAACACGUUUAGAUCAUACACCCGCCUACACCAUGGCCGGCAAACAUCAGCCCAAAGUUAAUAACGAGACACCAGCCCCUGGAGAUUAUGCUCCUGAAAAAUCCAAUUUAGAUCAUACGCCCGCUUUUACCAUUGCUGGACGUCAUAAUUUAACAAAACCCAGUGAUACUCCCGCUCCAGGAGCUUAUGCCCCCGAAAAACAUCGUUUGGACCACACACCUGCCUUUACCAUGGCCGGUAAACAUCAGCCCAAAGUAAGCAAUGAUACUCCUGCUCCUGGUGAUUAUGCUCCAGAAAAAUGUAAUUUGGAUCAUACUCCUGCCUACACCAUUACCGGACGUCAUGAGUUGAAAAAACCCAACGAUACUCCUGCUCCCGGGGCCUAUGCCCCCGAAAAACAUCGUUUAGAUCACACCCCAGCCUUCACUAUAGCCGGUAAACAUCAAUCUAAAGUAAACAGUGAAACACCAGCACCCGGCGAUUAUGCUCCCGAAAAACAUCGUUUAGAUCAUACACCAGCCUAUACAUUUGCCGGCAAACAUGAUCCCAAGAUUGUAAGUGAAACCCCGGCACCCGGAGCUUAUUCCCCCGAAAAAGUACGUUUAGAUCAUACGCCCGCCUUUACAAUUGUCGGUCGCAAAGUAGAUAGAUUUAUAAGUGAAUCACCAGCACCGGGUGCUUACAGUCCCGAAAAGGUUAGACUUGAUCAUAUACCAGCCUAUACUAUGACAGGACGCAAUACAGUUCAUCAUGUGCAAAAUACACCAGCACCUGGUGAUUAUAAACCCGAAAUGUGCGAUAUUAAAGGACCUGCCACACCAGCUUUUACUUUUGGUUUAAAAUUAAAACAGGAACAUGUCAGUGAUACACCUGCACCCACUGCCUAUGAACCAGAAAAGCACUCUCUUGAACAUAAAAUAUCGUAUACCUUUGGCACUAAAACGGAAACCAAAACGGUGACCGAUUCACCAGCUCCUGGUCAUUAUCAUCCAGAAAACUAUAAGCCCGAUCAUUCGCCAUCUUAUACGUUUGGUGUUAAGACCACAGCAAUGCCAGCUUUGCCUCGGGGCAGAUAUGUUGAAGAUCGCAUAUUGCAAAGACGUGAGAGACGUUUAGCAAGUCCGGUACGUAAUGUUGUAAUACUAGAAAAUGGCACCUUGCAACAGCAACAACAUGAACAUGAACAACAACAGCAAAGCACUCAUACUACAACAACAACCACAGUAACCGAGAUGCACACGAUUAAAGGACAACCGCAAACAAAAUUCACCAGUAAUCAACCGAAUGACAAUACAGUGACCACCACCACAGUUAAAAAACAAACACUUGUAAAUGGCAAAAAUCCAGUAGAUAAUACUACCAACAUUAGCAAACUAGACAAUAAAUUGGCUAAGCUUAAUAUGAAUAACACUUUAGUAGGCACAACCGGUUCCAAUACUCAGGUAACCCAAAAGAUUGAUCAGAUCAAUGGCUUAAAUGGUGAAACUGGUCAAGUUGUUACCACCACCAUGCAUACCACCACAAAUGGCUAUAAGGAAGAUGGUAAUAAGAAAAUACUAGCCAAGGGUAGUGCCGAUGUUAAGCAGACCAAUGCUGCUUCGGGUUCUAGUAACACGAUGGUAACUGCCGAUGGCAGCACAGUGACAACUGUAAAAUCGGCCAAAAGUUCAAGUGUCAAAUAUGCCGUAGAGGCCAGUACAAUACAAGAAGAAAUUAUCAGCUCCUAAUGUCUAUAAAAUUCCCACUGUUUUGGGUAUCAGCAAAGAGGGUACCAUAAGAUCAGCUCCUGCCUUCUCUAUGGCUGGUCGUGAAAAAUCUCGUCCUCUACCAAGUCUUCUCUUUCCCGGUCCAGGUUUUUAUGAUGCCGAAUAUACCGCCAUUAAACGUAAACCACCCAUGUAUUCUAUGGGUGGCAAACAUAAAAUACCCAGUGAUGAUCAUAUGAAACCUGGUCCCGGUGCUCAUUGUCCAGAAAAGGUCAAUCUCUCCAAUGUUCCAGCUUAUAGUUUUGGCAUUAAACAUUCUCCUUAUUUGGGUUACAUACGUGAACAUCAUGAUCAUGGCUUUUCGGGCAUAUGUUAAAUUCUUUUACAUUCCUUUUUCUAUACAAAAUUUUAAGACCCUGCUUUUUUCAAAUCUCAAGUUCGAUUUAUUUUUUGCUGAUACCUAUUUCUUUUAACAACUUUUUCUAUACUCUCUGUUGAACUUAAUGUUACUUUUCUUUAAGCACCUAAAGUUCUUCUAAUUUUUUAUUGCAUUAAUUUUAUAUUUAUUAAUCAAUCAAGUAUUGUAUUUUAUUUAUAAACAAAAAUUUUGAUUUUUUUUAAAGAUUUAUACCUAUUUUAAUAUAUAAAAAGAAAAUUUGUACAUUUUGUAAAAUACUAACACAUUUUUAUUGGAAAAAUUGUGUUUCUACUAAUUUAAAGCGAAAUUUAAAAAAUACAUUAAUAUUAAAAAAGACACAAUUCGAAAUAAAUAAGAAAUUAACAUAAAAAUUAAAUAAAAAAC